GAAGAAGCUGUAAGUGAUGAGAGGCGGAAUAUCAAGCGUCGUAUAAGGUCACAAAAAGAAAAAUGGGAAUCAGUGCAAAGGAAACUACAGGAAAAUAGGAAACGUAAGAUGAAGAGUGAAAAGAAGGCUAGGAGAAUUUGUAAAAAGAAGAUGAAGGCAGCGAAUAGUCGAAAUUGGCUGAAGUUUCGGGAAUUGAAGUACAAUUUUCUGGCUCGUAAGCAAGUAAUACUGAUGUCAUCCGUCUAUACUGUUCCGCUUGGCACCUAUCGGGUAUGGUGUCUGCUUCUCUCAUUCGAAACUUUUUUCAAUGCAAGAAAUAAGAAAAAGAAAUAUAGUGCAUGA